CCCCCUUACUAAAUUAAAUUCUGGGUUUUCUUCCUUUCCUUUUUUUUUUCAUACAUUUAUUUUAUUUGGACACAAAUCAUGAAUCUACUAAGGUCGAGCUCAACUGUAAAUUCUUUGAAUAAACUAUUUUUAUUAUCUACUCGACAAUUUCACCAAGCAACACCUGCUUUAUCACAUAUUGGACGUCAAGCUAUCACCUACUCUAACGAAAUUACGGUUGAACAUGACCUGUCACCCAUCACAAAGCCUCGCAUUCCUUCUGAACUCAAUAAUACUUUAUUAACCAUUAAAGGUCCAUUAGGACAAUUACAGCUACCUAUUAAACCUUUUGUAAAAAUCAAUCUAACCCCUGCAUCUAAAGACGAUGUUACUUCAGAAAAUAUAUUAAAAAUAUCAGUUGAGGAUGAACAAGUGAAGGAACAACGUACUAUGUGGGGUACUACUCGUGCACUUAUCAAUAACGCUAUUUUGGGUGUCUCUGAUGGAUAUAAAGUUCAUUUACGUUUAGUGGGUGUUGGUUAUAGAGCUACAUUAGAGAAUAAUAAAGUGCUGUCAUUUAAGCUGGGCUACUCUCAUCCCAUUCUAAUGGAAUUACCUGAAGGUGUGACUUGUUCCGUACCUGCACCUAAUCGUGUCAUUUUACAAGGUAUUGAUCUUCAAAAAGUAACCGAAUUUGCCGCAAAAAUUCAACGCUGGAGAAUGCCAGAACCUUAUAAUCAAAAGGGUAUUUUUAUUAAUGAUGAAACUAUUAAAAAGAAAGAAGGAAAGAAGAAAUAAAUAGUAUAUGCAUGUAUAUAUAUACAUCUAUUUGUGUGUGUGUGUGUGUGUGUAUCUUUGUAUAAUAGUAGUAAUAAUAAAAUCUAUGUAUGUAAUAAUUUAUU